AUGACCAACUCCCCCAAAAGCCGCGACGGCUACCAAUGGACCCAAUCCACAGGCCUAAUCGAAGGCGUUCCAACACCCGGUCUAAUCCAACCAUCCACACACUUCACAAGAAACAAGCUCUACGAUGUCAUCGUGAUUGGCGGUGGAUACGCUGGUCUAACAACAUGUCGGGACCUCGCCCUCGCCGGCAACAAUGUGCUUCUCGUCGAAGCGCGGGAUCGUAUCGGUGGGCGGUCGUGGUCGUCUAAUAUUGAUGGGUAUGCGUAUGAGAUGGGCGGUACGUGGGUGCAUUGGCAUCAACCAUUUGUCUGGCGUGAGUUAAGGCGGUACGGGAUGAUGGAUCAGUUGGAGGUUUCGCCGAGGAAGAAUGUUGAGGGGGAUGCAACCGUCGAAUCCGCAUUCAAGAAAUUCAUCAACGUGGACGGCCAAUUCGGCCGCAGUGUCAUUCCCUACCCACACGAUAUCGAAUUCAACAUGGCUGGCGUGCAGGAGUACGACCACAUGUCUAUGGCAGAACGCAUGGCCCAAGUAUCGAUGCACCUGACACCGCUGGAAAAGAACAUGUUCGAAGGCUUCCUCGCGAUCACGCACGGCGCGAAAUGGGAAGAAGCAUCUUUCUUCGAACUCCUGCGGUGGUGGGCAUUGAUGAACUACAAUUUCCCUGAUUUCAUGGCCAUCGGACUCACGUACAAGCUGCGCGAUGGCCAGUCCACGCUCGCGCGACGAAUCUUCGACGAAGCCGUCGCCACGGGGAGAUUGGAUUAUACUUUCUCCACGCCUGUCAAGGAUGUGGUUGAUCACGGACAUGGAGUUGAAGUCACUGCUCGGAAUGGAGUGGAGGUUUUCAAGGGCAGACGUCUUGUGUGCACUGUCCCGCUGAACGUCCUGCAUACAUUGGCUUUCACGCCGGCCCUACCGACUCUGAAGACGGAGGCUUCCCUCGCCGGCCAUGUUAAUCAAGUGGUGAAGUGUCAUGCGGAGGUCGCCAAUCCCGAGAUGCGCUCGCUCGGCGCAACGAAUUACCCCAGCGGACGUCUCACGUAUACAUUCGGCGAUGGAACCACGCCUGCAGGGAAUACUCACCUCGUGGCAUUUGGCAGUUCCCUGCCGGGCAGCCAUUUAGAUCCCGAGCAGGAUAUCCAAGUCACCAAGCAAGCCUUUGAGGCGUUCCACCCGGACAUGAAGGUGCAGCGGUUGGUGUUCCAUAAUUGGCAUAAGGAUGAGUUUGCCCGUGGUGCGUGGGAGUGGUUGCGGCCUGGUAUGACGACGAAGUAUUUGCAUGCAUUGCGGGAACGGCAUGGGAAUGUGUUCUUUGCUAGUUCGGAUUCGUCGUUUGGAUGGAGGGGAUUCAUCGAUGGGGCGAUUGAUGAUGGUGGAAGGGUGGCGAAGAUUGUUCAUGAUGAACUGAGGGUUGUGCGGCCUGUGGGUAGUAAGCUUUGA